GAAAUACAGAAAGAAAUGUACAUUAAUAUUAUCACCACCUUUGCGUUACAUUUAAUUGAGGAAACUAAUAGCACUGUCGACUUAUAUACUCUUACUCGAGAUGUAAAAGAUAUGGUAGAAUUUGAGAUAGAACUGGCUAGCCGACCAAUAAAUCUUCAACGCUACGUAACCAUGAAUCACAUUUCUCUUUCGCUAACUAUUCAACAAUUGAUAAUAGAGUAUGAUGAGCAAUUUCCUACAGCAAAGGGAAUGAUUGAGUUGCUUGACACUGUUCAAAGCGUCUUUGCGUCAGAAGGAAUUGCGAUUGGACACUCUGAGAAGCUCGUCGUACAACUUGAAACGUACUACUAUAUUCAUAACUUGGCGUAUUUACUAGAGUUCACAUCUUCUCGCACUAUUGUUAAUCAUAUGAUAUGGAAUUCAAUUCAGUGGUUUUAUUUUCGCAACACUAAACAAGUGGAACCGAGCGAUACCAAAAUUGACAAUUGGUGGAAAACGUGCAUUACACAAUCAAAUUUGAAACAUGCCAUUUUGCAUGAAUAUGUAAAAAAAUAUUUAUCAAACGAUACUAUACAGGACAUCACAUCAAUACUUACAAACGUUAAAGACGCAAUUCGCAAACAAAUAGAAAAUUCCACUUGGAUGGACGAGCCAACAAAAAAGACGUACCUUGAGAGACUUAUGUAUAUGAAACACGAAUUUAUUAUGCCCGAGUGGUACAACGACGAAGCUAUUGAUAGAUAUUACGAAAAUAUUUCUGUCAGUACGAACUAUCUCGACACUGCCAUACAGUUAUAUCAAUUUGAAAGUAAGAAAAUGAUACGGUCGCUAAGGACACCUGACAUUAAUUUAGAAUGGGAUGUUGAUCUGACAAUAGAUACUUACUAUAAUCUAGGUCCNGAAAAAAUGGUUGUCCCAGCCACUGUAUUACAAAAUCCCAUAUAUGACAUUAAUCGUAUUCC